AAUUCUUUUUGAUAGAUUUAGCACUUCUAGUCUAUUAAAAUGCAGAUUCCUUUAGCAGAUGAUCUCCACUGCCAUUUACGGCAGGGUGAGUUGAUGUCACUUGUUACACCCUUGAUUAGACACGGUGGUUGCAAUCGCGUGCUUGUUAUGCCGAAUACUAAUCCACCGAUAACAAACUGUGCUCAAGCUGGUGAAUAUAGGCGCCAGCUAAUGCAAAUAGAACCCAGAGUUACAUACUUAAUGACACUCUAUCUGUCGCCAGAGGUAUCUACAGAUGACAUAAGGUUAAAUGCCAAGGCAAAUCAUGUUCAAGGGAUAAAAUGUUAUCCAGUUGGUAUGACUACUAAUUCCGAGCAUGGUUUCAAUUCCUUGGAGGAGUAUUAUCCGUUAUUUGCCGAAAUGGAGCGAUUAGGUCUAUCAUUGCAUAUUCAUGGUGAACAACCUGGUUCCAACCCUUUACGAUCCGAAGCUAAAUUUGUACAAAACAUAAUAUCGGUUGCAAUGGCGUUUCCUAAAUUAAAGGUGGUUGCCGAACACGUAUCCACUAAGGAGAGCUUGGAGGCAGUAUUACGAGUACCGAAUUUGGCUGCAAGCAUAACACCUCACCAUCUUCAAAUUGUAACCGAAGACGUGUUGAAUAUCACCAGUGGUGUUACUCAGGCGAACAUUUUGGAUCAUGUAAAGAAUCCAUAUUUGUAUUGCAAGCCAAUUGCUCAAAGUGCUGAGAAUAGGGACGCUCUAUUGCAGGCUAUCAGGACACGUAGUCCUAAGAUAUUUUUAGGAUCUGAUUCAGCGCCGCACACAAUCGCUGCUAAAAACUCCGACAAACCACCUGCUGGUAUAUUCACCCAGCCAUACAUUAUGGGUUACCUGGCUACUAUUUUCAAAAGGCUGGAUUGUGAAGACUACCUUGAGGCAUUCGUGUGCCGUAAUGGUGCUGAGUUUCUAGAUCUACCUGCUAAAAAUAUCGAGUAUAUGGAGAUCACGGAUGAGACUAUAAUUGUCCCAGAUACUGUCGGAGGUGUGCUCAAGCCGUUCCUAGCCGGCGAGGAGAUAACUAAAAUAUGCAUAGUAACCACUGGAGAUGCAAAGUAAAACCAUUUACACUGCUCUAGUCAGAUAUCACGCAAUUGAAUCGCAAUCUAGUCACAUA